AUGGGCCAGACUCCAUCCAAGAGGACCAAGAAGGGGAGGGACAAGGGCAAGGAUAGAGACGCUGACUCGCCAGAUGGCAGCCCGAAUGACCAGUCGCCGUCUGACUCUGCUCCCGUGCCCGUACCUCACGAUGACGACUCCAGCACUGUGCGGGGCGGUGUUUCGCGUUCGAUGGCUCCAAAUGGCGCGAAUGCGGGUAUGGGUGCACAAGUAGGAGGCGCUUCUGUAUAUCCGGAUUGGGCGGGCAACGGUGCAGGCGUGGGCAGUGUACCUCAAUCCAACGUGACGGAUGGUGCCGUCACUGCUGCCGGACAUAGCCAACCUUUGGGAACACCAUCCUCCAGAAAGUCAAACUUGCCUCCACUUGACAUUCCGCGGGCAUCCACAAUUUUGUCAACGCAACCGACACCAACCCCUGGAUCAGUCGCGGAAAGCUUGCCGCUUACAGACUCAAACAGCUCAGUGGGGAAUGGCAUUGUGAACAAAGACAAGGCAAGGCAGCCAGCACAACAGCCGCUCGAUGUGGAUGAUAUGAUUCAACGAUUACUCGACGUUGGCUAUACGGGCAAAAUCAGCAAAUCGCUUUGUCUGAAGAAUGCAGAGAUAACUGCCGUGUGUAUUGCUGCGCGAGACAUCUUCUUGUCGCAGCCGACUCUCAUUGAACUGUCACCGCCUGUGAAGAUCGUCGGAGACGUACAUGGUCAAUACUCGGAUCUCAUCAGGUUGUUUGAGAUGUGUGGCUUCCCUCCAAGUGCGAACUACCUCUUCCUUGGCGACUAUGUUGAUCGAGGAAAACAAAGCCUUGAGACGAUUCUCCUCUUGCUGUGUUACAAGAUCAAGUAUCCGGAAAACUUCUUUCUGUUACGUGGAAACCACGAAUGUGCUAAUGUGACGCGAGUGUAUGGUUUUUAUGACGAAUGCAAACGACGAUGUAACAUCAAAACGUGGAAGUCGUUCAUAGACGUAUUCAACUGCCUACCGAUUGCCGCUGUCGUCGCAUCCAAGAUCUUUUGCGUUCAUGGUGGCCUCUCUCCGUCAAUGACCUCACUUGAGGACAUCAAGCGUAUCCAGCGUCCGACAGAUGUACCGGAUUUCGGCCUCCUCAAUGACCUUUUAUGGUCCGAUCCAUCUGAUACCGCGGUUGAGUGGGAAGACAAUGAGAGAGGUGUCAGCUAUUGCUUUGGCAAAUCAAUCAUCAAUGACUUCCUUGGACGAUACGACAUGGAUUUGAUUUGUCGCGCACACAUGGUCGUAGAGGACGGCUACGAAUUCUGGAAUGAUCGGACAUUAGUCACGGUUUUUAGCGCGCCAAAUUAUUGUGGAGAAUUCGAUAACUACGGAGCCUGUAUGAGCGUGUCCGAAGACUUGCUUUGUGCAUUCGAACUCCUUAAGCCUUUGGAUGGAAACGCCCUCCGAAAGGAGAUGUCUAAAGUCAAACGAAAGAGCAUUGCCGCCGCAUCUUCACCUCCUCCCGCAUAG